AUAUUGCCACAAAGCCAAAAACUGGAGGAGCAGCUUGUGGAUCAGCUCAUCGAAUGGCCUAGGGGAGGAAACAGUUACUUCAUACCUAUUGACCAACAAAAGAGACUUGUGACUCCUAUGUCAAUCAUGGAAGAGCUUCGAAGGGUCGAAGACAGAGAGAAUCAACACUCAAAAGAAGAGCUCGAUGAUACUACGGCGAAGAUCUCGAAUACUGCCCGCAAAAUGUUCUCGAUCCUAGUCUGCCUUGGCAAAGGGAAAUGUAUCUACAACUUCCUUAAGGAAGGACUAACUGAUGAUCAUCUGCCAUUCUCCAGGUUCGUUGCGCAAGCAACGAGCAACGGCACUGGUGUGAGGACUAAGUUGUGCAGCCAUCGUUCCCCUGGGAAACCUAUUAAAAGUAUGGCGAAUUGGUCUUGGAACGAGACCACCGGAUUCGCGCGAGACCAAUGGUGGAUGCUGGCGCCAGUCUUCAAAGAGAGUCUCAAUGACCCUAGGAAAGUUCGCCAUUACAACCUGGAUGACAACUGCGUCAUGCCUUUCAUCGAAGACCAUGAGCGCACGGAUACUAUUGCUAGUGGUUUCAGUACGGUCUGGGCAGUUCGAGUACAUCCAGCCCAUCAAUCACUUCAUUCGCCAGACAAAAAGAACCCUAAUCCUUUGAUUGCCCUAAAAAAGCUGAACUCCAUUGAUGAAAACGACUUCAGACUCGAGGUUGAAAUGCUAAAGGCUUUCAGCAAUCACAAAGAUCGGCAUCUCAUCAAGCUUCUUGCAACAUAUCGAAUCAAGAACCGCUAUCAUCUGAUGUUCCCACAUUGCAAAUACAAUCUGCGCACCUACUGGGAAGCGAAUCCAAAACCCAAGUUUACGUAUACGAAUGUUCGUUGGUUUCUCGCUCAAUGCAAGGGAAUUGCUCACGGCCUCAUGACCAUCCACGAAUAUAAGAGUUCAGAGGCUGGAAAGGCGGCAAGACUAGCAGAGAUUGGACGUAGUCGGCUAGGCAACAACCUAGGUGUUAACCCUAUUCCUGUGAAGGAGGAGGAACGUAUCUAUGGUCGACAUGGAGACAUUAAACCAGAGAACAUUCUUUGGUCAGACGAAAGCGAGUCUGGUGAUGACUGUGCUAGUUCUCAAGAGCUGGAGCAAAUCGGGAUCCUUGUUAUUGCCGACUUUGGGUUGAUGGACUUCCACGGGAAGCAGUCACGCUCUAUGGUCCAAGCCGAUGUCCCUGCGUCUCCUACUUACGCACCACCAGAACUUCGUCUACGAAAAAGCAUCUCUCGCGCUUACGAUAUCUGGUCUUUAGGCUGCUUGUACCUCGAAUUCGUUACUUGGCUGGUUUGCUGGCUUGAUGAAUUGGACAAGUUUCCCCACGCGCGAGCUCUGACGUCUUCAAGCGAAAUCAAUGACGAUCUAUAUUAUACCAUCAUCGAAGAGAAGGAUUGCGCACCCCGAGCAAUAGUCAAGGAGUCCGUAACAGAGUGGAUCCAAGACCUCCAUGAGAAGCCCCGUUGCUCUCAAUUCAUCCACGAUUUUGUAGACCUGAUCGGAGAGAUGCUUGUUGUGGACCAGAACCAGCGCAUUCAUUGUGGGCCACUGAACAGUCGCUUGCACGAGAUGUGCAUGAAAGCAAAGAAUGACCAUGGAUAUCUUACAGAUCUUAUACCUCGUCGUCCACGGGCGGGCGACUCGACGGCUACUGAAGGUUCUCCCACAAGCCCGACUGCGUCCCAGGGGGACUUGUUGCGAACCAAGAGUCAGAUCCCUGCGGACCUGGAUACUACAACCAAGAGCCCAAAAACGAGGGCAGCGAUUCCAUCAUCAUCACGCCCAGUUUCUUAUGUCCGGCUCAGGUCACCGUCGCCUGCUGGUCUAAGAUCUAGUAGUCCGGCACCAAGUAUCUUCCUUACUGAGGUUGAUCAAAAGGAAAACACGCCUUCGCAGAGACUUGGAGAUGAUACUUGA